AUGUCAGGACAGAGGACCCCACUCUACUACCACGACCCCUCGAACCCUCCGUGGCAGGACCCCAACAAGAAUCCGUACACGCUGAGCUACGGCGGUCACGCGGAGGAGAUCCAUAGCAACAGCUACAGCGGCGGCCGCGUCAGCGGUGGCGGUGGUAGCGGUCAGACAAGCGGCGGCAGCAUCUUCCAGGAGGACAUUGAGAGAAGUAAACGCAAGGGCGAAGGCAAAUGUAAAGACAAAGACAAAGACGAAGGUAAGGGCAAGGGCAAAGUUGAUGAUAAGGGCAAGGGCAAGGACGAAGGCAAAGGCAAAGGCAAAAGUAAAGGUAAGGAAGAAGACAAGGGUAAGGGCAAAACGAAAGUCAAGAAGAAGGUUACCUUCGCUCUAGACGACCAGUUGAACUCGUAG